AUGGGCUGCACGGGCUCCAGGCACGCGCUGCAGGGCGGCCUCCGGAAGUCCUUCGGGCGGAGCCGCUCCGGCCCGGCGGCCGCCGGGGCGGCGCACCACACCGUCGCGCUCAAGUCCUCCACGCUCGGCUCGCUCAGCCUGGACCGGGACGAGGAGAUGAUGAAGUGGCGCGCCGGCAGCUUCGGCGGCGCGGCCAAGGGCAAGGCCGCCACGCCGGCGCCGCCCCCGCAGCCGCAGCUGGCGAGGCGGCAGCGGCAGGUGGUCGGCACGCCGACCAAGACGCCCGUCCGCGAGCCCGAGGUGAUCAAUGUGUGGGAGCUCAUGGAGGGCCUCGACGACAACAAGCACGAGGAGCGCGAUGCGGCCGAGGGCGCCGAGGAUGAGCGCGGGGAGCAGUCGCCGCCGGGGUCGCCGGAGUUCGAUCCGGAAGUCAUUUCGGAGUUCCGCAAGGCGCUCGGCGAGGCUUCGCCGCCGCGGGACUACGAGGGCAACGGCGAGUGCGUCAAGAAGCGCGAAAUCCAGAGGUUCCCUGGCAUCGUGCGCGCGCGGGUCAGCGCGUUCCAGCAGAGGAUCGACGCGAAGCUCGCCAAGUUGGCGCGCCCACCCACGCCCACGCCCACACCCACGUCCCCGCCUCCUUCUCCGCCUCAGCCGCCGCAGCCGCAGCUGCCUCCCCCGCCGGACAGCCAGCGGAAGGUGGUGCUGUACCUGACCAGCCUGCGCGGCAUCCGCAAGACGUUUGAGGACUGCUGGGCCACCAAGUCCAUCCUCCACGGCUACGGCGUGCGCAUCGACGAGCGCGACCUGUCGCUGCACGGCGGGUUCAAGGACGAGCUCCACGCCUCGCUGGGCUCCGCGGGGAGGCUGCCCCAGGUGUUCGUGGACGGCGAGCACCUGGGCGGCGCCGAGGAGGUCCGCCGCUUGCACGAGGCCGGGGAGCUGUCCAGGGCGCUGGAGGCCUGCGAGAUGGCGCCGCCGAGCGCGGGCGGCAAGGGCGCCGCGCUGGAGGCGUGCUCCGGGUGCGGCGGCGUCCGGUUCGUGCCGUGCGAGGAGUGCUCCGGCAGCUGCAAGGUGUUCCUAGAGGAGCUGGACAGCUUCCGGCGGUGCCCCGACUGCAACGAGAACGGGCUCGUCCGGUGCCCACUCUGCUGCUUGUGA